AGCCUGUACUGUAAGUGUCAAGGCAACUCAAUAAAGCUUCCGCGUUUUGAAUCAACAUGGCGGCUUGCUCCGCGACUGCAGCUGUCAGAUGCUCAGUGAAUAUCUUUGUUAGAGACACAGUUUUUACCUCAACGAACAUUUGUCGGCUGUCCUCUAGUUACAGGGGAAAAGGUUACACCAGUUGGAGGACGUGCAGUUCAUCCACAUCAUCCUGCUCCUCUGAGUCCUCAGCUGCAGAUGUGGUUGAGCACUAUGAUCGCCUCGUCCACUGUGGCUCCCUGAGGGAAGAUGCUCAGCAGCGAUACAUCCUCCAGCAGCUGACUCGGCUGCAACAUAUCCUGAAUAUGUACAGUAACAGCAAGUACCUGAGCCCACCUCCUCCAAAACCGCACACAGAGGAUGACAACAGUAAACCUCAGAGAGAUGAAGAGGCCCGCGAUACCACAGCUCGAAACGGAGGUGGUGAACUGGUUGCUGAGGUAACAGAGGACGAGUCUAAUCCAAGACCACCCAAAGGCUUCUAUAUAUAUGGCGAUGUUGGCACAGGGAAGACCAUGCUGAUGGAUUUGUUUUACUCCUAUGUGGGAAACACCCGUAAAAAGAGAGUCCACUUCAAUGGCUUCAUGUUGGACAUCCACCAAAGGAUCCAUCGGAGGAAACAAAGCCUGCCAAAACGAACGCUAGGGAAGAUGUUCACCUAUGACCCCAUAUCGCCGGUUGCCAUGGAGAUCGGCAACGAAACCUGCCUGUUGUGUUUUGACGAGUUUCAGGUGACCGACGUUGCUGAUGCCAUGAUCCUGAAGCAGCUGUUUGAGACGCUGUUUAAGACGGGAGUGGUGGUGGUGGCCACCUCCAACAGACCUCCUGAUGAUCUGUACAAAAACGGACUUCAGAGAGAUACCUUCCUACCUUUCAUCGACGUGCUGAAGGGGUAUUGCCACACCGUCAGCCUAAAUGGUGGGAUUGACUACAGGAGGCUGGACAAGGCUACAUCGGGGAAACUGUACUACCUUGCAGAGGAGCCUGGUGCGGAGGUUUUCCUGGAUGAACUGUUUAAGGAGCUGGCUUCAACCCAAAAGAGCGUUACAGGUCCUCGGAUGCUCUCAGUGCUGGGCAGAGAUGUGACUCUGAACAAGACCUGCGGCUCGAUCGCCGACUGUACUUUUGACGAACUGUGUGGCCAACACCCUGUGUUACGCCGGAACCAUUGUGUGAUGUGCUGCCGCUGCUGCUGCUGCUGCACAUCUGACAUCUCACUUGUUGUACUCAAGCCCCUCGGCGCCAGUGACUACCUUGAAAUAGCUCGGCUCUUUGACACGGUCUUCAUUCGCCACGUCCCGGUGCUGACGCUGACGCUGAAGGACCAGGCCAGACGCUUCACCACCCUCAUCGACAACUUCUACGACAAAAAGGUGAGAGUGGUGCUGCUGGCCGCAGCUCCUUUACACCGGCUGUUUGUCCAUUCUGGAGGGGAAGAUGAGAAGGACCGACAGCUGCUGGAUGACCUGGGCCUCAGUGGGGAGGCAGCCCAGCGCCUGACUCUGUUCACGGCCGAGGAGGAGAUCUUUGCCUUCCAGAGGACGGUGUCCAGACUGACAGAGAUGCAAACCGAGCCGUACUGGAAGGCGGGAGACCGCCGUCACGGCUCCGAACACACAUGAACACCUAUCUAACAUCUAAUCCCGCCUGCCAGGAUAAUUAUAUACCUCCGAACAAUGUGUGUACCUCACUAACUACUGACGCUGCACAAGCAAAAGCUCCUGUUUAGCAGAAACAGAAAAGAUCAAGUCUAUUUUGAGCAGCCGACGCUAAAUGGUUUCAGGAAUAAGCAGUAAUUUACUCGAAUACAUCUAGAGGAAAGGCCUGAUAUCAGUGUAAAUGUAUAACUAUGUAAAUGUUUACUUUGGGAAGUGUCUUUUUUGCUCUUAGAUACUACACUGUGAAGGGUUCACUGUCUCCUUAUGAUUUAUUUAUUAUAAUAUUUAUGAUUUAUUUAUUACAAUAACAUGUGUGAAAUCUUUUUUAUCAGGGAGAGUGAGGCAGUCAACUGUUCUGCUCGGCAGUUGUCUACCGCCAUCUGGUGGUCCAUGUGAAAAUCAGUACACCAGUCUCUGUGCAGCUCAGAAUUAAACCAUGUCCAUGAAUUUAUUAACAGGCUGUACGUGAUAUUGGUGCACAUAUUUUAAUGAUUUAAUUAAGAAUUCUGUAGAGCUUGUCCUGUUUUUCUCCAAGGUGGUUUGACAACAGAUGCUAUUUCUGUCAGUGUGCUUUGUUUGUAUUGGUAGAGGAAAUCUGGGUUAAAAUGAGUGUAAUAAAGUGUUGCCUUACAAGA